CCUAAAAAAAGCAACAAAUUCUUUUAACCUAAAAAGUAACGAGUCUUUGCAUUUGCACGAGUAGCAUUCCUAGUACAAUGAAUAGCGAGUCCACGGAGAGCGUGAUCACGGUGGGCAUCCACGUGAUAGUCAAGAAGCAGAGCUUCAGUAAAGUAUACAAGGUGUCUGAAAAUGGUACUCUGAUGUUAGGGAAAAAUCAGAGGGUGGAGAUGCACGAGAUCGUCGGCAAACCGUUCUGGAGCACAUUUGAGAUGGUGCCGAAGCCUGGCAAUAAAAAUACAUAUUCAUUGAAGCUGGUGGAACGAACGGAAUCGUGGAACGAUCUGAAAGGCGAGCUGAGCGGACAGGAUAAUCGCUUUAUUACGGAUGACGGUAUGUCGCAGAAACUAUCAAAGGAGGAGAUCCUGCGGUUGCAGGAGGACGGUAAGAGCGGCAAGGAGAUAAUCAGCAGUCUCAUUGAGAACAGUGUCUCCUUUGCGGCUAAGACUGAAUACUCGCAGGAAAAGUACAUCAAAAAAAAGGAACGCAAAUACUUCAGAUUUCUGAGGAUAUGCAAACCUACUAUAGUGUCACUACACGAGGUAUAUUUCAGACAGAAUCACGAGAAGAUCGGCGGCCUGAGAAUGGAUGCCCUGGCACAGAUAUUGUCCUACAGCGAUGUGCAGGCUGAUGGCUUACACAUGCUAUACGACAGCGGAUGUCAGGGAUUACCUGCUGCAGCUAUGUUGAAUAGAAUAGGAGAGAAUACCAGCGGCUACUUGAUCAAUUUGCAUCCCGGCAAUAUGCCUCAACUUGCGAUUGUUCAGGCUAUGAAUUUUCCACAAGAGUUAAAAGACAGACACAUUGCAGCGAAUAUUUAUAGCUUCCUGAGAUUACAUUAUCAAGGCGAAUCGAGUGUGUUAGACAAUAUUUCCACAUCUUCUAAAAAGAUUACUGAUCAUAUCAUUAAAAGAACACAAGAUAUUGAGGAACCGGUAGAAAAAUUCAAUGGAGAAACCAAGAGUGACGAAGUGUCUCAAAUGGACACUGAAAUUACUGAACUUGAAACUGAUACAGGAGAGAAUAGUACACUCUCUCUUUGCAACACUCAAAAAGAUGCUGAUACUUUGAAACGGAAACACGAACCUGAGGAAUCUGAAGAAGUAAUCCCUGUAAAGAAGCCAAAAUGGUUUUUGGAGACACAACGCGCCUUGGAUUUAUUGAACAGCUCGAAGGUUCGUGGCUUAACCAUCGUAGCGAAAGAACAUCCUUUAAAUAUCGUAAACGCCCUGUUACCUUUUCUGGGAGCUUCGCGACCAUUCGUCAUCUUCCACACGUAUCGAGAGCCUCUGCAAGAGACUUACAUGGAACUUAAACAGAAACGCAAUGUCAUAAAUGUGAAACUCUUUACAAAUUUCUUACGUUCCUAUCAAGUAUUACCCGACAGGACUCAUCCUGAUAUACUCACAAGUGAUACUGGUGGCUAUAUCUUAACAGGAUACUUAGUUCAAUAAUAAAUAAAUGUUGAAUAUAUUUUAAUAUAAAAAGUUGAACAAUAUGCUAACAAAAAAUUAUAAUUUUUUAUGCAAAUAUAACUAAUUAUAUUUUACACUACAUAUA